AUGUCAUCACCCGAUAGUACAACACAAGAAAGCAAAGAAUUACGAGAUUUAUAUCCCGAAAUUGAACCAUAUAAAACCGGCAUGUUAAAAGUAUCGGAAAUUCAUAGUUUGUACUACGAAGAAGUCGGCAAUCCCGACGGUAAACCGAUUAUUUUCGUCCAUGGAGGCCCCGGUGGAGGUACAGACCCACGUGAUCGACGAUUUUUCGAUCCAAAAGCAUAUCGAAUUUUAAUAUAUCAUCAACGUGGCGCCGGUAACUCUUUACCAAACGCUUGCUUAGAAGAAAAUACCACAUGGGACUUGGUGGAAGAUUUAGAAAAGCUACGUCAACAUUUUAAUGUGGACAAAUGGGUUUUAUUUGGUGGUAGUUGGGGAUCGACAUUAUCUCUCGCUUAUGCUGAAACACAUCCCGAACGUGUCAAAGCUUUAGUAUUACGUGGAAUCUUUUGCUGUCGACGAAAAGAACUGUUAUGGUUUUAUCAAGAAGGCGCUUCGUUUAUGUUUCCCGAUGCUUGGGAUAAAUACUUAGAAGUUAUUCCUGUCGGCGAACGGGGUGAUCUCAUGUCGGCAUAUUAUCGUCGGUUAACCGGUAACAAUGAAGAAGAAAAAUUAAAAGCAGCAACGGCAUGGUCCGUAUGGGAAAUGGCAACAUCACGUUUGUAUGUCGAUCCGUCUUAUAUAGCUCGUGCAGCCGAUGAUGCGAAGUUUGCAGUAACCUUUGCUCGAAUUGAAACACAUUACUUCGUUCAUGGUGCUUUCAUGGAAGAAGACGAGCAAUUAAUUAAAAACGCUGACAAACUCAAUAAUAUACCUGGUGUAAUUGUUCAAGGUCGAUAUGAUGUUGUGUGUCCACCACGAUCAGCUUGGGAUUUACAUAAAGUUUGGACAAAAGCAGAACUCCAUUGGGUUGCUGAUGCGGGACAUUCAUCGAAAGAGCCUGGAAUCGUUCAUCAAUUGGUUACGGCAACUGACAAAUUCCGAGAUUUAUAA